AUGUUCGUGUGCAUCGGAUGCGGAGGGCCACACCAUCUCCGCGUCCCGGAGGAGUUCGCCGCCGGCCGCUUCUUCGGCUCCUACCCGCCUGGGUGGGUGUUCUUGGCCGGCGCGCAGGCCUCCAACCACGCGCUCAUCAAUCUCUACACCAGGACUCGUCUUCUCAUCCCCGACUUCCUCACCAUGACCGGAGAUGCUACGCGUCAGCCUCGACAGAUGGUGAUGGUGGCGGCGGCGCUCUCUGCCGAGCCUCUCGCUCCCGGCAAGGCCUGCUUCGGUGCCGCCAUCGUCCACGGACUCGGCGGCGCGCCAGUGUUUGCUCUUUGGGCACUCGUCCGCGCAGCGCGCCACGAGCGACCGGUGGCGCACGGGUUCCACGUCACCGUCGGCGAGGGAGCCGGAGCCGGACAUCAGCAGCUGUUUCUCGAGGACGUCGCUUAUCACCGUGGCGCGUUCUACUUUCUGACGAGCCAGGAGCAGCUGGUGGCCGUGCACGUCGUGGAGGGCAGCGGGCGGCUGUUAGCUCGGCAGCAGCUGAUCGAGCACCGCCGGCCGGCCAAUCCGCAAGGUCUGCUGGUGUCCGGCAGGUAUCUACUCGCAUCCCGUGGGGGUUGGGCAAUGGUGGUGCGUUACCAUUGGCCCCCUCUUCCCGACGACCGUGAGCCAGGACCGGCGAGGCGGCUCACAAUGUACCGCGGCGACAUUCAUGACGGCGAGGCAUUUACCACAUGGACGGAGCUGCACCCCGAGUCCCUGCAAGGCCUCCUGGUGUUUGCAGCCAGGGGGUGCUCCAGGUUAAUUGAAGAUCCUUCUGGCCUCCACAAUCUCCCAGCGGGCGUUCGUUACCUGGAUGAUCGUGAUGCUGGAGACAUGGAUAUGAUCUACCAGGAAAAUCCGAACCUUCGAAAGUACCGGUGCAGCGACACGUGUGGGUUUGGAUGGCCGCCAGCUGCGAUCCAUUUCUACGCGACCUGGGUGAACUACCCACCGUCGUCCUAUUCUUCGCCAAUCUGGUUCUUUCCGUAG